AUGCAAGUUUCUCAAAGUACCCUCCCCUUAGACAAGGGCACCACUUACAAUCAGAAGAAAUGGGCGAAUGAUUUGCCUCAGCACCCACGGGCCUUCUGGAAAGCCGGCAUGAAAGCACUGCGGAAAUUGUGCAAUGGUGGAAAGCCUCGCCGGCUGAAGGAAGUCAUCCCCUUCCUUUCUCUCACAAGAGCCAUAGCCCAGACCACAGGUUUUCGACAGGGCUUGGUGUCAGAUUUUGAUCAGGACCUCCACCUAUGGAUGACCAUCUUCGGAGACGACGUGAGCAAACGAGAACUCUUUGCAAAUGCCAUCAACGAUAUUUGGAGUGUCGACUUGCAGAGCUACGUCUUGGAUUUUGCCAGCGACCAGCCAAUCCCCGAAGAGACUCUCGAACGGUUGCAGAAGCUGGCAGAAGAGCUCCUGGAACAGGCCAGUUCGACCUUUGGCUGUCUCGGGGGGCUUGAAAAGGCCCGUUUGAAAUGGCAACAAAAGUACCCUGACGGAAGCCCACCAGAAGCGCGUCCGUAUGGAGAAGACUUGACUCACAUAGACGACGAUACACCAUUGCCUCUAUCCCGUGGGUCAGGCGAUGAACCAUUCCGAGAAGAUUGGAAACCAGAGCGCAUUAGUAUGGACUGUGCUUCACCGGAUCGCAUCCAUUUGAUGCUACUUGCCAGUGUAGCAUUUGCCUGCGCCAUCUCAUUCAUCUUGAGUAAGCCUGAGUAUUCCAUCUUUCGGAUUGAUGAUUAA